AUGGGUGUUUCUAUCACUUCGCUAGUCGCGCUGGCCAUCGCAGGCUUGGCCUUUUAUAAAGUCGUUAUAUACCCAUACUUCAUCUCGCCACUCGGAAAGAUUCCCAAUGCACACUGGAGUGUCCCCAUAUCCCCGGGCUGGAUGCUAUGGAGAAGAUUUUGGAUGCAGAAUAACCGUACUAUCCAGGCGGCGCAUGAGAGGCUUGGUCCUAUCGUGAGACUUGGACCGUCGGAGAUAUCAGUGAAUUGCGUUGAUGGAGGGAUCAAGUCUGUUUAUACCGGGGGUUUUGAGAAGCAUGAGUGGUACCCACGGGUGUUCGGAUCGCUUGGAACCGUAAGCAUGUUCACUAUGAUCGGUACUAAGGCCCAUUCCGUACGCAAGAGAAUGCUGUCCAACAUCUACUCGAAAUCAACCUUGCAGACUUCGCCCCAUCUACGCGUUGUCUCGAAUGCAGUUAUCUAUGAUCGCCUGCUUCCAAUAUUGCAAGAUGCGGCGAGUUCAAAGAAAUCGAUCGAUGUGCACGAUCUCAACCAAGGAUUGACAAUGGAUUUCGUCUCAUGCUAUCUCUUCGGCUUACAGAAUGGCACGAAUCACCUGCAGGAUCAUGCAUUCCGCAAGCACUGGCUUCACAUGUAUCUCUGCCGCAAGCCAUUUGAGUUCUACCACCAGGAGACCCCUCAGUUGAUAGGCUGGAUGAAAUGUAUGGGUUUGAGGCUCAUCCCAAAAUAUUGCGAUACCGCCAAUGACAUGCUCGAUGCGUGGGCAUUGGACCUCUGCGGCAAGGCAGCUCAAUCACUCAACUCAACGGACCCCUCUAUCGAGCCUAUUGUAUACAAGCAGCUGAAGCAGAGCUUGGAUAAACAGGCGGCAAAAGAAGGUGGUCCAAAGCCGGACCCUGCGGAGCAACAGAAUGAUAUUGCAUGCGAGAUGUACGACCAACUGACAGCAGGGUUUGAAACCAGUGCUGUCGGCUUAACCUAUCUGCUAUGGGAAUUAUCGAAGAACCCGGAGCUUCAGGGCAAGCUUCAUGAAGAGCUGAUGACGUUGGAUCCUCCCAUCAGGUCCCCCAAGUCCGCUGAGCUUCCUCCAGCGAAGGCGGUUGAUGCGCUGCCAUUAUUGGAAGCUAUCGUCACCGAGACAUUGAGACUCCAUGCUCCAAUUCCUGGGAUCCAGCCGCGAGUCACACCGGCGCCAUCUUGUUCUCUCGGUGGCUAUGAUAAUAUCCCAGCCAACACCCGUGUUAAUGCGCAGGCUUACUCGCUACACCGCAAUCCAGAGGUCUUUCCAGAGCCCGAGACAUGGAGACCGAGCAGGUGGCUCAUGGAGGAAAACUCGAUUGUCGAUCUCGAAGAACAGAAGCGCUGGUUUUGGGCGUUUGGAAGUGGAGGACGUAUGUGUGUCGGAAGUAAUCUCGCGUUACAAGAAACCAAGCUCGUCGUCGCAGCGAUAUACUCCAACUUCCGGACAACAAUUGUGGACGAUGAUGGCAUUGAAGCCAUCGAUGCAUACACGGUCGGCCCGCAAGCCGAGAAGUUGACCCUGAAGUUCCAUCCACUGUAG